CGUCAUGUGAACGGGGUCUUAAUCAUGCUUACCAUCUUUGUGUAGAUGUAUGUAUAUAUGCCAAUAUCGCUUUUUAAAGUGCUUUUACUUUCAGCCUACACUUUUAAACAUUUGCUUAACAAAUUAUGCCCAUUAAACUAUUUUUUAUUAAUGUUAAAAGUAAAUUAUGGAUGUAACUAAAAAUGGAAAGCUUUGUUCCAAAAAAAAUGCUUUGUUGUAGAUUUGCAUUAAAUAUCACUGUCCUUUUGCGCUUACUCUGACAAACAGUUCUGAACCAUAGUUAUCAUGACGUUUCAGAUUUUGCAGCUACAGAUGAACGAAUAUAAAUACCAUUACUUAUUUACUAGUUUCGACAUUGAAACAUUCGAUCUCGAGGACUUCAAAUAUAAUUUUGUGAAUAUCACUUCGUUCCGUCUGGUUGAUGUCGGUGAUGUGAGCGUGCGCAACAUACUCAAGGACAUGGAAGCAUUCAGAAGCGAACACAACAAUGAAAAAACUUACUACCGAAAGCUGCGCACGAUACAGGUGAUGGUAUAUUUCCAAAAAGACAGCGUGAUAAUUUACAAAACUGUCUGCAAUUCAAUUUCCGCACAGACAGAACCAGCGCUAGCAUACGAUUCAGUUUAUAUAUUUGCUAUUGGCUUAAAAACCUUGGAACAGUCACAUGCACUGCGCAUUUCGAACGUUUCAUGCGAGGACGAGACACCAUGGGAAGGGGGUUUGAGUUUGAUAAACUAUAUAAAUUCGGUGGAGUGGCGGGGUCUAACCGGCCCGAUACAGUUCAAAGAAGGCCGACGUGUUCAAUUUAAGUUGGACCUAGUCAAACUGCGCCAACAUUCCAUAGUUAAAGUGGGCGAGUGGACCCCACAGACUCGUCUCAAUAUAACCGAGCCGUCGCUAUUCUUCGAUGCAGGCACAAUGAAUGUUACGCUAGUGGUUAUAACAAUAUUGGAAACACCUUACGUAAUGAUGCACUACGGAAAAAAUUUUACUGGAAAUGAGCGAUUUUUUGGAUUUUGCGUAGACAUAUUGGAGCUCAUAGCUCGCGACAUUGGUUUCGAGUACAUCCUAGACCUGGUGCCCGAUCGAAAGUAUGGAGCUCAAGACCCAUUUACAGGUGAAUGGAACGGUAUGGUUGCACAGUUGAUGAAAUAUAAAGCCGAUUUGGCUGUCGGAUCAAUGACAAUCACUUACGCCCGUGAAAGUGUUAUAGAUUUUACCAAACCAUUUAUGAACCUUGGCAUAAGUAUUCUAUUCAAGGUACGUACUGCUUAA